AUGGUGGUCGCAUUAAGAUAUGAGCAGGCGCCGGCAAUGCGAUUCGUUCAUGUGACUGCAUUCGGAGAUGCAUUGAGAGAGGUAACAGAGGAUAAUAGUGAUGGAAGUGAUGCAAUUUCAUCUUUAAACAUUUCAAAUGCAAUGAACGAUCAUGGUUAUUCAUAUGCAGACGCAAAGAUUGCCGAUGUCAUUCAUGCUCUUUGGUUUAGGCGUGAUGUAAUGCACAUAAACGUUUUCAAUUUGCGUGUGAUUACAAUUGCACCUAUUUGCAAUGAUGUCAAAGAAAUCUCAAAUCAAUUUCAGCAUCAUAUGCAAUCCAUCGUACCCAAAACAUAUCCAACGAGCAAUAGAGAAUUACCUGUUCGUCGUUUGAGAGUCAAUGAUAGCGGUCUGCAAUCCAAAGAUCUCAAAGAAAUAUCUGCUCUACUCUGUGGAAAUGCAACUUUGGCUACGAUUGCGUUGAACGGGAACGAUCUUUUACCGCAAGAGCCAUACAUAAUGAAACGUCUUGCUUGUGCUAUUAGUAUGUCAAAUCUUCGUGUUCUGGAAUUGUCAAAUAAUAUGAUUGGAACACGUUCAUUGGUGGAAUUAUUGGAUAAUCUACAUACCCCUUCGCUCACGAGAUUGGCUCUCUCAAUGACCUUCUUACGAAAGCAUUUGGCCGAAGAUCAAUCAUUCAAUCCUCUUUGGGCUCACGAUAAGGCUCGAUGGAGUUCUCUUACAUCAGCAGAAGUAUGGAAGGAAGAAGUUGGUGCUGUGACGGAUCGAUUGGUAACGCUUGUGCGACACGAUAAACCUGCACCAUUUGUUCCACAUUUAGAGUGGCUUUCAUUGAACGGCAACGAUCUCGGUUGGCGAACUGUAAAACGUAUCACAGCUGCUAUACGGGAUACCAAUAGAUGUUUGGAACAUGUUGAACUCUUUUCAACCACAGAUGCACAGGGUUCCAAAGAGUUGGACAACGACACGGAUGAUGAGCUGGAAACAGGCGAGGAUCAGGCUCAGCAAUCGGCUCCUCCCGCUCAAGAGAAUGGCGUUCGUCGAUCCACCAGUAUUGGCAGUCAUUUUGUAGCACGGAGGAGGCAACAGAUUGCACAAGAUCGCGAGGAAAGGCAAAAUGCACCUUUGCUAUUGACGUGGCAUCCGGAAGACGUAGGAGAAUCCCGACCGCCGUUGAACAAAACGAAUUGGCGAAAAGAGUUGGAGAUUCGAUUGAAAGAGAAUCGUCAGGCAAAGGCAGGUAUCAAGAAUGUCAGUCGAAAAUUGCUAAGAAUUCUACGUACGUUAACGUGCAAAUGUCACGAAGCAAAAGAAGAACCAUCUGAUGGCUCUUUUCCCUUUACAAAACUACCGCCAGAAAUACGACAAAGGAUCGUUAUGCAUUUAGACGGUAGUGAUACCCUAUCACACAAACAGAUAGAGAGAAUCAUCAGUUUUGCAAGUGAUCCUUCCACGAUUGGAUAUGGUCGCAGGAGCUCAAAUUUGGGCUUAUCUCGAUUGGCGGUAGAUGAAAUAUACAAGGAGGUAACGAAUAAAGUUGAGGAGAUAACCCGUGAUGAUUACGGUUUGCUGUUGCACAAAAAAUUUCGUUGGAAGGAUAUGAUGAACAAUUACUCAGUUCCACGAGAUUGGCCCGCUACUUUAUUGGACGACACAACUUCGUCCUGCUCGAAUGAAAGUUCCAUCGGUGACUACAGCCAAGGAAAUGUGACGCUUGUCUCAUCCAAUACGCAAUCUGUCGGCAGAACAAGACAAAUUUGGCUAGCCGAGCAGAGUGGAUUGCAAGCGUAUUAUGAGGCAACAGGAACGUAUUGCGCAGACUGA